AUUCUUGUUCUAGUUUCUGAAAAUGGGCCCAGUAGGUGCAGAGGCUGAUGAGAACCAGACAGUGGACGAAAUGAAGGUGGAGAAGUAUCAUCCAUGGCAAACCACUCCGAGAGAUGAGCUGGCCCCCGACGCUGAGCCAGAGCUUAUAGACAGCACCAUGCUGAUUGAGGUACGGAUUAUCCUCAUAUUAGCUUAUUGCUCCAUCAUCUUGCUUGGGGUAAUUGGAAACUCUUUGGUGAUUCAUGUGGUGAUCAAAUUCAAGAGCAUGCGCACAGUAACCAACUUUUUCAUUGCCAAUCUGGCUGUGGCAGAUCUUCUGGUGAACACCCUGUGCUUGCCAUUCACUCUUACCUACACCUUAAUGGGGGAGUGGAAAAUGGGUCUUGUCCUAUGCCACCUGGUUCCCUAUGCCCAGGGCCUGGCAGUACAAGUGUCCACCAUCACCUUGACAGUCAUUGCCCUGGACCGGCACCGUUGCAUCGUCUACCACCUGGAGAGCAAGAUCUCCAAGAAAAUCAGCUUCCUGAUUAUUGGCAUGGCCUGGGGCAUCAGCGCCCUGCUAGCCAGCCCCCUGGCCAUCUUCCGCGAGUAUUCGCUGAUUGAGAUUAUUCCUGACUUUGAGAUUGUGGUCUGUACAGAGAAGUGGCCUGGCGAGGAGAAGAACAUCUAUGGCACUGUCUACAGUCUCUCUUCCUUGUUAAUCCUGUAUGUGUUGCCUCUGGGCAUCAUAUCCUUUUCCUACACCCGUAUCUGGAGUAAACUCAAGAACCAUAUGAGUCCUGGAGCUUCCAACGAUCACUACCAUCAGCGAAGGCAGAAAACCACCAAAAUGCUGGUGUGUGUGGUCGUGGUGUUUGCGGUCAGCUGGUUGCCUCUCCACGCCUUCCAGCUUGCUGUGGACAUUGACAACCAAGUCCUUGACCUGAAGGAGUACAAACUCAUCUUCACCGUGUUCCACAUUAUCGCCAUGUGUUCCACCUUUGCCAACCCCCUCCUCUAUGGCUGGAUGAACAGCAACUAUAGAAAGGCUUUCCUCGCAGCCUUCCACUGUGAGCAGAGGUUGGAUGCCAUCCACUCUGAGGUGUCUGUGACAUUCAAGACUAAAAAGAACCUGGAAGUCAAAAAGAACAGUGGCCCCCAUGACUCUUUCACGGAGGCUACCAGCGUCUAAGGAAGCUCUGGUAUGAAAAUUGGUAGCUGAAUUCUGACCAGAGCUAUAAAUCUGGUUGAGGAGAGCUCCCGGGUGCAUCCUGAUUUCCCACUUCAAGGAAGAAAAGGAGGAUCUGAAUGGAAGCAUCUGCAGUAGAAUCUGUGGAAACCUGGGUGGCAAAGCCUUGGUGAAAAGACUCCUAUUCAAAGA